AUGUUAAGAUUUCCUGCGCUCCGGAGACAAACACGAUGAUCGUCACCAUCAUAUUCGGAAGUUCGUUUUACGGCCGAAUAUAUCCGAAGGGCUACUUCAAGGUUGACAAUUGCGGCGUCAGCGGAAACGGGGAGCGAUCCCUGAUGACCUACUUACCACUGGACGGCUGCGGGACCCAAUCUGUGCAGGACAGGAAUGGAAAGACAAUCUACAAGAACCUCUUGGUGGUAAUGAACGAGGCAACAUGGGGCAUCCUCGAGAUGGGAGAUCGAGCUUACACCGUCUCCUGCGACAUGGGAACAACAGGCACGAAGACGGUUCAAUACGGAGUGACGGUUCCUAUGCUCAGUACGACGGAGCUACCUAUGGGCACCGUCAUGCGGCUACCGGAAUGCCGCAUGAAGCUAGUGGCAGGCACAAACCCCGAGGCGGCCCCAGCGAACUCUCUCAACAUAGGCCAGCUGGCUACGCUCGCAUUCUACAUCAGCGAUGAAGAUCGAUUUGAUCUGACGAUUCACCAUUGCUUCGCGCAUGACGGGACACCUGACGGCAAAAGAGUGAAACUCGUCGACGCAUUUGGGUGCUCGGCGAUGCCCAAGCUGGUGGGUCAUCCGCAGAACAGAAGGGACCCGCAGAGUCGCGUCAGCUACAUGUAUUACUACAUGAAGAUCUUCAAGUUCCCGGAUGUGUCUAACGUUUACUUCGAGUGCCGAUGCGAUGUCUGCUUGGGAAGCUGCGGCGCGUACGACUGCGUUAAGGAGAUUGGCUGGGCGGGACCCGCCAUCCAGGCCCGCAGGAGGAGGAAGAGAGAAGUGGACGAUGCGAACACUAUAGAGAAGAUUGAACUUCACCACAGCGUCUCCGUUAAUAUACCGGAAAAUAUGAAUCUGUCCGCGUUGACAGACGAGGCGAGCAGGGCACCUGCGGAGAUGUGCCUGCACAAGACGGGCGCCAUCUUGGGACUUCUCACCAUGGCAACGGUCGUCAUGGCGUCCAUGGCAGUCAUCGUCGCCGUUGUCCUGCGUUUCUCGAAACGAGAGGCAAAACUCGCGGCGGCGUCACACAACCCCGGAUAUCAAUAAAGAACACGCCGUCAGAUCGUGUGCUGCAUAACCAGCUUUAGGAAUAAUAUAGUCUAGGCCUAUAUGUAUGUAUGUAUAUAUAUAUAUAUCUAUAUAUUUAUAUAUAUACAUCAAGAUUAGAUAAUAGAGGAUCUAGGAUAAAUCUCCUAUUAUCUACUCUUGAUAUACAUUGUUUCUUAAAUAGCGCUAUGUAAUCAUACACGUGAACAUAUCACUUAUUUAUAGUAGUAGAGUUUUACUGUAGGUAAUCUGUUGUAAGAGAUUAAAGUUAGUCGUAUUAGCUUAGUCGUUAUAAGUUUGUAAUCAGAUUUAUAAUCAUUACUUCAUUAUGAAACAUCUAAUGAAUAAAUAUAAACAUUUGCCUAUACAAAAUC